AUGCCGUCGACCGUUUUUACUACAAAACCCAAAUCGGUUAAAUUUGAAGAGAAAAGACAAUCAGUGGGUAAGCUUAAAUGUCAAGUUGUUCUUUUAGACAAUUCGCUUUUCGUGGCGACAUUUGAGAGAAAGUCAACAAAAGGACAAGAGCUUUUCGACUGCGUUUGUGAAAAACUGUCGCUGCCGCCAAAUGGGAGGAACCACUUCGGUCUGCAAUUUGUUGACGGGGUUGAUGGAGAACUAACGUGGUUGGAUUUCGACAGACAAGUAAGACCACAGCGUAAAAAACCUUACUCCUUUCAAUUUGCAGUCAAAUUUUAUCCGUCUGAUGUAAGCAGUGUGCCCAACGAAGUUCUUGACCUUUUGGUUUUACAAAUCAAAGAUUCCCUGAUUCGAGGGAAAUUUGUUACCUCCGUCAAUGAACACGCUCUCUUGGAUGGCUUCUUUGCCCAAGCUAUUCUGGGUGAUUUUAAACCCAAGAUUCACAAACGUGGAUACUUAGAGGACUUAUUGGGAUCAUUUUUCGCCCAGCCUAAUGGGAUAAACUCGGACUAUGAAAUAAGCGAAGAUAAAUAUGAAACUAUGGUUCAUACUUCGCAUCGUUCGCACAAGGGACUGACUACUUGCGAAGCGAAACUGGGUUUUUUGGAGAUCGCCAAAAGUCUUCCCUUCUACGGUAUGUCGUUACACCAUGGGGCAACGGAUAACAACGGGAACGCAGUUCUGUUAGCUAUUUGCAACACGGGACUUCUUGUCCUCGCUGUAGAUAACUUUGGAAUCCCCGGAAAUACGAUUGAAAACUUCCCUUGGCACGAGAUUAUCACAAUGGUUGAUCAGAACAGGAAAUUAUAUGUUGUUGUUUACUCUGAGGAAAGAAAAGAUGGAGGGAGUUUUUCGUACAGAUUUCACGGUCAUUUCGGUCACAAGGCCGCCCAUAGAGUAGUCAACGAUGCUUUGGAGUAUCAGGCAUUUUACUACAAGCCGGAGAAAAAGUUAGUGCGACGAAGCAAGUCCUUUGGAGAGGUCGAUUCUCAUUUGGUGAAUGUCGGGCAGUUUCAGAGGAAUGACCGAAAGUACGCAACCACAACAGGGAAGAUUCGUAGCCGUGGUUCCUUAAAGAAAUUCACAGAUUCUAUUAAGAGAAAGAUGCCACGGAGACAGAGAAGUGUAAAGCUGUCAAAUUCAGCCAUCGAGGACAGUCCUGCUUCAAACAGCCAAGAUACCAGCACCACAAGUUCAAUGACCUAUGUGUAAACGUAUAUUCAUAGCGUGAUUGAGGUCUUGAAUUUACAUGUUUUCAACUGCCUUCUUUACGGAUGAUCGAAGUGACAGAUUCAUUGUACGUUUUAAAGUAGUGCAUACAGUCAAAAACCUUUUGCUUCAAUGGAUACCCAUUGUUUUGCACAGUGUGUUGCUAAAAGCAAUGAUAUGAAAUAUUGACUUAAGAUAUUUAUAAAGACGUUUGAUUGCUAUUAUUUUAAAUGGAGCUUUAUGAUAAACUCUCUGCUGCAUUUUCUCGAUUAAUCACCAUUUGAGUGAACACUCUUUAUUGAUCUAAAACCUGGCCUGAACUUGGUGUAUUUAAGAAAGCUGAAUUGGCUCUGACUUUUAACCUACACAUAUAACAGCCCAUCACAUUAGGGCGGAAUAUUAUUACAACUUGAUUGGUAAUUUUGUUGCACUGUUGGAAGAGAGCAUGAGGCAUUGCAGCAGUUGAGGUUGCUUACUCAAACACCUCCUCAAAUGAAUGUUUUCUGGCUUGUGGCAGUAACCAUUGCCGGAUGCUUGUAUAGCUGAAGUAACCAUAUUUGCAAUACCAAAAAUGUGGCAAAAAAACUCAUUUUAGGAGUUGUUUAUCUAGAGAAUGGUUUCAAUGGAUGGUUGCCAGGAGUGACUCACUCACUCCACUCAAAUGUCCAAUUGGCCUUUUCCUUGUAACUCGUUACACCUGUAACAUUCCAGGAGUAUUUCUACUGUUCACAGUUUUCUAAGCUUUGCAUUAAACCUUGUAAGAGAAAAACAGAUUUUCGUGAUUCAGUAUGUACAGUACAAUGUAUUCUCAGGGCUGUCAGUAAGAUUUCAAGUUGCUGUUGGUAAGCCAUUAGAAGGUGGGAUCAAACAUCUAGGAAGUCCAUUUGGUUCUAUUUUCCUUUGGUUUCGUCAUGGUUUGUACAAUCUUGAAAAGUUCUUGAAAUUAAGUAUUCAUGUUGAAAAGUACUUGAAUUUAGUUAAGGUCCUUGAAAAGUACUUCAUUUCUUUAUUAGGCCAUGAAGAGUCCUUGAAAUUCACUACCUUGUCUACGCCAGCCACGAUUUUCUGUAAAACAAGAUUAUUUUGCUGAGGAAAAUUUGGCUCAUCAUCGAUGUAAGAACCUGUAAAACUCACGGAUAACUUGUACGUAAACAAUAUUUCAUUUCUGUUUCUUGUAAUAUUUUAUUUCUAUUCUGUACCUCAGAUGAAAAUUCAAAGUCAUUUUUUGCAAAGUGUUGUUGUGGAAAGUAGUAUAAAAUGAUGUGUACGAACCAUGUUCUUAUGAAUGUAGGUGGGGUUCAUGUCAAUAAAAGGCCUGGGAAAUCUCCAGCCUUAGUAUUUCCAUCAAUAGUAGAAUAAUAAUAAUAUUAGUAUUAAGAGUUUUGCUGUUGGCAUGCUUUACGCAUAAUUUUGAUGGAAAUCAUUCAGGAUGGAAAUUUCUUUGAUAUUGAUGCUACUUUGUUACUUGAACUUAACUGACUAUUUCUCAAGAGGCGGUCAUUUAGCUCUUAUUUAUAUUGUAUUUAUUUAAUUUGUAGAAUGUUCUUCCAGUAAAUAGAUGAUGGAUUAUUUCUAUCUGCACAAAAGCAUAUAACCAGGGUUAUAUACCUCUAAUCUUCGUCAAUAGGGAGUUAAUAGCAGUUACGACAACAACCCAAGGAAAAUCUACCUGAAGAAACAAAUCUUGCUUUUUCAUUUUAAUUUUAAAUUGUACCUAUUUGUUUUUUUUUAAGUAUCUGGAAUGCUAAGGUUCACAAAAUAACUCUGUAUGGAAGAGUUUCAAAUUUACUGUGAGACAUCAUGAUUGUUAAUGUAGAGCACCCUUAGCAGAAUGAAACAGAAUAUGUACGCUUGUGUAAAAGCUUGUUUUGCUUGCCAUUCUUAUGUAAUAAGAUUACAUUACUUUGUGGUAUUGUUACCUGCCAUCAUGGUCAUGAUUGCUAGAAACUCCUUAUUGUUUGAACUUGUUGGUAGAAUAUACAUGUAAUUUUGUGGUUUUACUAUUUUUCUCAUUCAAUUUAAUGCUUGCUAAAUUGUGCGUUGUUUUGCACAGUUGUGUUGUAAACACAGUUUCCUUAAACAAGUCAUACAGGAUGUUUACAAUUUACAUGUAUUACUAUGUGCUUUUUAUGAAGGCAAUUUCAGUAUUGCCAUUGAACUUUGACAUCAUGUCUUUGAAAAAAUUACCUCAAUGUAUGUUAUGUGGUAUUCACAUUGAGAAAACGGAAGAGUUGAUAACGUUAUUACAUUAUUAUUUGAGAUUAAAUUAUUAUUUAAGAUUAUCAAAAUUCUAAUAAAAAGGACAGGAUUU